AUGCCAUAUUUAACAUAUUUGGAUUUUGGCAACAAUCCUUUGAAUGACAUUCUUCCAUUAUCAAUUGGAAAUUUGUCCACUUCUCUUCAAUAUCUUUAUGGUUAUAAUUGUGAUCUCAAAGGUAGCAUUCCAAAUGAAAUUGGUAAUCUCACCAGUUUGAUAAAAUUAAGUUUGUAUGGCAAUGAGUUAACAGGAUCAAUUCCAGCAAGUGUGGUGAAUUUGCAAAAGCUUCAAGGAUUAUCUCUUACACAGACUAUAAUAAGUGGAUCUAUCCCGGGCUCUCACUGUGAGCUUCAAAAUUUAAAUGCAUUGGUCUUGUCCCAAAAUCUAAUAACAGCCGCUAUUGCAGGGUGCGUAGGGAAUAUUACUGCACUAAGGUAUCUAUGUAUCAAUGCCAACAGAUUGACUUCCAGCAUACCUGCAAGCAUAUGGCUUCAAAAAGAUCUUCUGGUGUUGAGUCUAUCUUCAAAUGUUUUGAGUGGUUCUCUGCCUCAAGAAAUUGGGAACCUGAAGGUUGCAAUUUUUAUUAAUAUAUCAGUCAAUCGAUUCUUGGGUAGUAUCCCAAGCACAAUUGGAGAUUUACAGACCUUGAGCAAUCUUACCUUAGCACAUAACACAUUGCAAGGAUCUAUUACAUAG